AGACUUCCACAUUUGGGAAGAUCAUUCUCCUGGAACCUCACCUAGAAUCUUAACCCUCUGACACCAUGGUCAACUCCCGUUCUGGCUCUGUCUGUUCUGACCAUUGUGGUCAAGGACUCUGUGAAGAGAACUGUCGCCCAACCUGCUGCCAGACUACGUGCUGUCAAACCACCUGUUGUCGUCCCAGCUGUGGUAUAUCCUCUGGCUGUGGCGUGACCUCUGGCUGUGGCGGGUCCUCCAGCUGUUGCCGUCCCAUUAUCUGCCAGAUCACCUGCCGCCCCACCUGUGGUGUGUCCUCUGGUUGUGGUGGGUCCUCCAGUUGCUGCCGCCCUGUCUGCUGCCAAACCACCUGCCGCCCCACUUGUGGUGUGUUCUCUGGCUGUGGUAGGUCCUCCAGCUGCUGCCAUCCCAUUAGCUGUCAGACCACCUGCCGCCCCACCUGUGGUGUGUCCUCUGGUUGUGGUGGGUCCUCCAGCUGCUGCCAUCCAAUUAUCUGCCAGACCACCUGCCGCCCCACCUGUGGUGUGUCCUCUGGUUGUGGUGGGUCCUCCAGCUGCUGCCAUCCCAUUAGCUGCCAGACCACCUGCCGCCCCACCUGUGGUGUGUCCUCUGGUUGUGGUGGGUCCUCCAGCUGCUGCCAUCCCAUUAGCUGCCAGACCACCUGCCGCCCCACCUGUGGUGUGUCCUCUGGUUGUGGUGGGUCCUCCAGCUGCUGCCGUCCCAUUAGCUGCCAGACCACCUGCCACCCCACCUGUGGUGUGUCCUCCAGUUGCUGUCGCCCCAUCUGCCUCCAGACCACCUGUUUUGGUACAACUUGCAGCCGCCCCUCCUGCGAUGAACCAUCUUGUUAAGCCUCAUAUCUGACUAUCAACCAUGAAACAGCUGCUAUCACAUCAUUGUGAACAUGCCACUCAUUUUUAACUUUUCCAGGUCUUUAGAUGACCACCAACUUUAUUAUCCUGUGACACCACUAAACUACUAGCAAAAGACAGCCUAGCUACACUACCACUUGUGUCGCCCAGAUAUCUUCUUGAAUUCAGGGUCCAGAUGGAUGAUAAAGUUGGACUAGCUCCUGAAUCUCUGACUGUUAUGCUUUCUUUGAUCUUCAUAAUUGUAUGAUCACCAGUUUUCAAUAAAUGCAUCUUGAUACAAAA